GGGCUGGGCCGGGGGCUCGCGCCGUGCUCCGGGGAGUGGCCCCUCCACGCGGUCCUCACCAAGCUGAGAUCGCGGGGCUGGGGGCGGUGGGGGUGUGUAUUGCAGAUGUGUCUGUCCAUGGUUGCACGGACAAUGGUCGUGGACCUGAGAACCCCAACAACACCGGGCAGCGUGUGAUGAUGGCCAGUGAGUGAGGCGGACAGCUGGUGCAGGGUGCCUAGAAGUCUAAUAGCGUCCUUAGAGAUGAGAAGUCUCCCUAUAGAAGAUGGAACUUGAGUUGGAUUUUGCUUGGCACAGACUCCCAAUAGAGUGGAAUGGGGAGAGGAAGUAGAAGGCACCUGAUCCUAGCAGGGGGUUAGUACUGGUAAACGUGUGUGUUUGAAUGAAUGAGUGAGGCCUCCAGUUCUCAACUCAGUUCUGCGAGUCUGGCAGCCCAGCACACUACGGAGGUCUGCACAGGGGUGGGGUGGGGGUAGGUUCGACACCGAAGUCCUUUCUAAAUCUAAGAGUGAGCCGAAGUUUCUGUAUGAUGAGGUUUUUUUUUAAAAUAUAUUUUUAUUGAUUUUAGAGAAAUGAGAGGGAGAGAGAGAUAGAAACAUCAAGGAUGAAAGAGAAUCAUUGAUAGGCUACCUCCUGUACACCCCCUGCUAGGGAUCGAAACCAAAACCCGGGCAUGUGCCCUGACUGGGAUCCAACUCUGACCUCCUGGUUCAUAGGUCAUCACUCAACCACUAAGCAACACCAGCAAUAUGAUGAGUUUUUUAUUCUGAGAAAUGUGAAACCAGGCUCUGGUGCAAGGUCCAGGGUGCCCCAAGAUACCUUUGGAUCCAAGGCCUUUUCAGGAAGGUCUCCUGUUAAUUUGGUGUGUGUGUGUGUGUGUGUGUGUGUGUGUGUGUGUGUGUACAUGUUGUAGUAAUAGUAGUAAUCUGUGGGACCUUGAGCAAUUAAGUUAUCUCUGUACUCUCAGUUUCCCCUUCUGCAAAUACGGAGAAACCUCAGCCUCCCUCACAAGCUGCUCUGAGGAUUAAAUGAGAAGCAAGUGCGAGUGUAAAUUGUUCUGACAUGAAGAAACCACAGUGAGAACUGAUGCUUAUAUCUGAAAGAGUGGCAGGCUUGCCGAACGUUAGUGAACAGUGGUUUUCAAACUGGAGUUUAAUAUGCAUAGGAGUCAACGGGGAUGCUUGUUUGAAAUCCUUAUUCUCUGGUUCCACACCCACAGGGUUUUAUCCUGAAGGUCUUGGAUGGGACCAAAUAAUCUGUAUUUUAGCAAGCCUUUUAGGUCAGGUGCUCUAGGGAUUGUUUUGCCAAAUCCAGUUGGGUGCUGGUUAUGAGAGGUGUGGACGCACAGGGGUGUGUGUGUGUGUGUGUGUGUGUGUGUGUGUGUGUGUAGCCAUGGUUUGCCCUAUCGGCUAUGGCUGCAGUCGCCUCCCCAGAUUGUUUGCUUUAGCAGCCAGUAGCUGGUUUGAAAUUCAAGAGGUCAUUUCAUUGGUGAAGGAGAGUGGAUGCUGGCAAAAGGGGAUGGAUUUAUGGCCCCGUCAAUAAGACCGGGUAUGUUUUUUCUGCUAAUGCCUGGCAUGGUCCCCUGUUGCCUGCUGCCAGGUUACAGCUAUUGGGCAAUCAUGUACUUCCUGACUUUCCUUUUCUUUCUCUUUCUAUAAAGUGUGAGGGCCUGGUGAGGCUUCAGGCUUCAGGCUCCUGGGCUCAGGCUUUGUCAGGGGCUUAGCUGGGAAAUAGCUCGUUGUGGGGGGCAGGUUGGAUUAGGAGGUCUGGAGGGCCCCAAAACUGGGAAACUGAAAUUUAAGUUUAUAGAUCACAUCAGGCUUUUGACCUAGGUCACCGCAUAUACUAGUAGGAGAGAGAGGGAGGAAGGCAGGAGGUGGGGUGUGGAGCAAUAGAGAGAUCUUAUUGAUUCUGGAAUGAGAUAAACCCACUUUCAGUUUUCAAAUCACAGUGUCUGUAGGCAGGGAGUCCAGCUCUUGUUAUAUCAGAGCACUGACUCCAGAAGGUACUCCCCGCCCCAUGCAGGGAGCUGAGAUCUGUAGGAAUGGGACCUGUUCUGAACCUCCCUGGUCCAUUGACGUCCUGUGCUUCUGCUGGGCACUUGCUCAGGGUCUCUUCUCCUUGUGGAGCAGCUGCCUGCUGCACUAAUGGUUCCUCAGUUCUGGAGAGGAGUCCUCUCCCCCCCGCCCCCAUUCCUGCCUCUUCACUGUCCCCCCUGAAGAGAGACCAACCUCCGGAUCUUCAAUGGGAGAGAGAGACGUGGGAGCCGCCCAAGAUACCCCCUCAAAAUGAACUGAGAUUAUUGGUAGAGGCUAAAUUCGGAGGAAGACCUGCUGGGUGACUCGCAUCCCACUUUUCUCUCCACUUUUCCAGGCCUUUUCCCAUCCCCAGCCUGCCUAGAUGAGCUUGUCAGGGGCUGGAUGGGACUGUCCGGAGAGAGGGGCAGGUGGGCAGGACUAAUGGCUACUCCAGGAGGGCAUCAAAGGAAAAACAAAUAUUUGCUCAGGAUCUUCUAGUCUCCAAGUACAUUCCUGGUGUCCCGAUGACAUUUCCUCCUGUGACCGUCCCAGCCCCCUCACUCCACCUCCCCCUAAAGAGAAAAACACCCGCUGGUAGGGUUGACCAGAGCCUUUGGGAUGAUCUGCACGGAAGUCUUAACCUCCAAGGGCUUCCAUGAGGAACAUGAGGGGGGUCCAAAUGGCUAAUGAUCUGGGGCAGAGGUGCUUCUGUCUGACAUAUUAAAUGGCUUGUUGGGAUUUGAAUAUGACUGAGAUGGUCCUAUUCCUUCACUGGCAGAUGGGGAAACUGAGGCCCAGAGAGGAGAGGAGACUUGUUCAGUGGCUGGUUAGUGGCAUGCCUGCGACAUAGGCCCCUGAUCUGACCACCCCCAGUCCUGGGUCACCACUACUGAGUCUUGGUCUGAGAGUCGGCCUUCAGUUGGGCCCUGCCUAUCUCAGUGUGUUUUGUCAUUCCAACAGUCAUCUCCAGUCACCUUCGCAGAGCUUCAGGCAGUUGGAGGAUCACUGAGAACCGACUCCCACACACACUGCCUAGGAAGGAUCCUGGUUGUGGGUGAACUACACUACAUUCCUGGUUUUUACCUUGUCAGGAAGGCUGCUUAACUCAGAGUCAGGCUGCAAAGUUCAAAAUCCUGCCUCUAUUGCUCACUAGUUCUGUGACCUCUCUGUACCUCAGUUUCCUCAUCUGUAAAGUGGGGUGAUAGUAACUCCUACUGCAUGGUCUUCUCACAGGCUUAAAUAAGAUAAUAUAUUGUCAAGUGCUGAGCACAGUAGCUGAUACAGUGUCAUCCCAGCGAGGCUGCUUUGACUAGACCCUCCCCUCUCCGGGAGGCGUCCAUCCUGGGUCUGUCUGCCCUGAGCAAGAGACUGGGCCGUGCUCAGUUUCCUUACGUCUAACCACUUUGCUCUCUGCUUUGUUCAAAGUCCUAGUCUCUCCUUCAGCCCCUACUCCAGAGAAGGGCUCCCACCUGGCCAGCUGCCCUCCCAGUGCCUCCUGCACCUGCCUGCUCAGCAGCAGGGAGGAGGCUCCGGCUGCGGGCGACUCUUGUCCUUGGGCUCUGGCCAAACCACACAAGAGAGCUGGGCAGGGAAGUGCCUUGCCCAGCAACCUGGCAGAGUGGGCAGGAGGGUGGCAAGGAGGGGUGGGCACAACAUGUGGUUUAGGGGAAGCAGCUCAGGCUCCCCUCAUUCCUGGAGCCCAUUCCUCUCCCUGGCUGGUUCUCUGGCAGGCUUGGUGGGGUGGUGAGCACCCACACUCUAGGCUCAUCCCCACUCUGCCCAGCCCAGGCCAGCCCAGCUCAGCCUCUCCUCCAUUAUCUAAGUGGGUCAUCCUCCAUCUCCUUGCCCCACCUCCCAGAUGGCAGCUGCUUCACGAAAGGUCAGAGAGGAGCCAAGGACCUUGAGAUGCCCAGUUUGCACCCACUUUCCUGGGACCUGGGACCAGCACCUUUAGGUCUUGUUUUUCUAAGACCUUUCUGCCAUCCUCUCCUGAGUCCAGAUCAUUCCUGAUCUGAGUUGGGGGGUGGGUAGGGGCAGUGUUUAACCAAUUGAGCCCCAGCACCCAUCUCCCCAGUGUUUGUAUAAGUGGGAUGGGGGUGGCUGGUGGUAGUGUACAGCUUGGCCCAGGGCAGGGUGUGGGGCAUUCCCUGCUCCAGGGGCGGGAGGUAGGGAGCUGGAGGCAGGGCAGGGCAUCUGCAAGGAUCUUUUGUCUUUUGAGAUGGCAGCUUCUCCAGGGAACACCUCUCCCUCUUGGAUCCUGACUCUGCCUUGAUGUAGAUCAGGGAACCUUCGAAGAGUCGGUGCACCUCUUCUGCAGUGUUUGCCAUUUGCGACAUGGGGUAGGGCCACUGGAACGAGAAAAUCCCUGGGCUGGUACCAGUAGGAGCUGGGCUCCGGCAGGUUAACAGAGACAUAGCAUAGGGCCUUGGAACAAGCUCUUUAUAACAAUCCUGGGCCCGCACCUUCCUGGCGUAGUAGCGGCUGACCCAUUUCUGAAGACACUCAGCAGACAAAGCUGGCGUUUGGAGGGGAGCUUAGAGAUCCUGGUGUGCAAAUUUGUGAAUGGCCCCUUUCUUUCUGGCCUUUGCUCAGACAUUUCUCUCUGCCUGGGAUGCCCCUGCUGCCCCUCCCCAGCCUACCCUCCUUGGCUGGGCACACCCCACUCAUCUAUCAAGAUCUGAAACCCUUUUCUCCCUGCUCCUCCGGGCAGAGGAAGCUCUCUCCAGCGCUCCUGGAGCCCCUGGCAGGCAGGGGCCUCCGUUUUCACACCCAUCACACUCGACUGGAGUUGAUUUGCAUUGCCAGUCCUACCGCUGGACUGAAGAUCUUGGUAGAGGGACUGUCCAGUUUUUGUCUAAAUCCGCAACUCCUAACAUAGCACCAGGCACAUAGUAGGUGUCCAGCAAGUGUUUGGAGAAUAAAUUACCUUUCAUUUUCCAGAUGAGGACAAUCAAACCAGCCAGACCAGUUGACCAGAUUAUUUAAGUGACUCGUCUUGAGUUGCAGAGUUAAGCAGUGGCAACGAAAGAUUGCCACUCUUGACACCCACUCCACAGACCUAGUGUUCUCAUGUCCAUUAAUAUAAUUGUUGUGUCUGGGUUCCCUGUUCCCUCUCAGUAGAGUGGCCCCAUACUGUAUUAUCUAAACCUGGGUACUUUGGAGAAGAAGGGGUCCCUAUCAGUAAUAUUACUGGGAUGAACCAGGAUUGUCUCCAGGCAUGUGAUCUCUCUACCUCUGGGUGAUCCAUUCAGCUCUGGUCAGUAUGUUUUUAUUCUAGUCAGCGGUUCUCAACCUCUGGGUCGCGACCCCUUUGGGGGUCGAACGACCCUUUCACAGGGGUUGCCUAAGACCAUCGGAAAACACAUGCAUAAUUACAUGUUGUUUUUGUGAUUAAUCACUAUGCUUUCAUUAUGUUCAAUUUGUAACAAUGAAAUUGGGGGGUCACCACAACAUGAGGAACUGGAUUAAAGGGUCGCGGCAUUAGGAAGGUUGAGAACCACUGUUCUAGAGAAUGGUUGUUCAACUACCUUGCAGAUGGAGAACAAAGGUCCCUCCGAAUUAGCGCUUGUAUCAGAGGUUGCCUCUCCACCCAUGCCCAAGAAGAAAGGCAGAAAAUCUUAUCUGGCACUGGCCCCAUCGGUCAGGGACCAGCCCGAUGACGUCCCCAAUAUAUCUAGGUUGCGAUUCGUGUUCACCAGUAAACAAUUGUUGAGGACUUUCGAUUGCGGAGCUGUGUCUAGGCCUGAGCUUUGGAUGCAUCUAAUUUACUUUGCCAGGCUAGCCAGCAGGUAGCUAAGGGCCCUUCUCAUGGGAUAGGUUGAGGAACAGCGGCCCAGCCCCACCAGGGCACUGACACCUUGCUCUUCUGGUCUGUCACCUGCUUAGGGACUGGUGGAGGCCUGCUCACAUUACUUGUUUCUUUCCUGGGAAGUGCCAGCCACACUGUGCUCUCCUAAGACCUAAUGUAGAUGAUUGGGGUCCUUGGCCUCCCCCCUGAGGCCAGAGCAUAAGCUUACAGGAGGAUGGGACUGUCCAUGGAGGUUAACAAUUCUGAUGUAGAAUCAUAGGCUUCCAAAUUUGAGAGAAAUGGAUCUCAAGGUUUGACUUAUACCCUCUAUCUAUCCACCAGAGUGCUGUUUCUAGCACGGCUCAGACCCCUUUAUUCAAGGCGGGGGGUGGUGAGGACACCUCCUUUCUUUUAGGUCUUGUCUUUUUGAGACCUCUGCCUCCUAAGCCUAGGGUCGUUUCUCUCAUUGUUGUAUUUGUGUGUACACAACUGUACAUCCAAGAUGUGCGUAGCCUUUGCAUAUGUGUGCAUCUUAAGCUCUCAAAUAGUUCUGUCUCAUUAUCAAGGUAUGUGAUUCAUGUAUUAUGUUUUACUAUCUGUUAAUAGGUCUUUAUAGCCCUUUAUCUGAAGAGUACAUAGUACUUUAUCCAUUGUCUGAUUAUUAAAAUGCAGACAUUUAGAGAGAAAAGAAUUAGUCCAUAAAAUCGUGUCUUCCGGGAGGGGAGAGGGGUCUGGGGAGAGUGGUGUGCAGGAGCCGCGCUCCAGGCUGAAACCUCAGAGCUGAUGGAGGAUUCCAGCCCCUUUGUCCCCAUCCCCACCCCCUGUCCAAUUCUAAACCAGGGAUUUUGCAGCACAGCUCGUGGGGGUGGUUUGGAGCAGAAGGGGUGGGGGCGUGCAGCGAGCACCUGCAGCUGCAGCGUGGGCCUCCAGAGCAUCUUGGCGGGAGGCUCCAUGGUGACAGACCCUCCCGCUGCCAUUGUCCUCCUUGUCCUGCUCAGGGACGCAGGGAGCUGGGCCUCGCUCUUUCAGGGAGGCAGCUCCCGGGGAGGAGGGCGCGCCGAUGGCCCGUUGCCGGGGUGACGGCCCUGGGCACUGUCCGCAGCUCCUCUUACGGGAUUACGCUGGGCUGUUCCGCAUUCCUGUCGCUGUCCCUGUGAGCAGGAAGCCAUUGUCUGCCUCCCGAGCCUGUGAAAGGGGGGAUUAGAGGCCCCUCCCUUCCAGCAGUGGUUUCCUUUUCUGUCUCCUUUUGAACCUCGAGGGGAUGCCAACCCUCCUGGGAAACUGAAUGAGGAGCUGUUUACCUCAGUCUGUGCCUUCGAGUUUCUCAUAACUUGCUGUGUCCCGUGAAGGGGAAGUCUUGUGUUUACCAUUUGUAUGUCCCUGCACCAGCCUUGACAGGAAGUGGCCAGCCCUGUGACACCCCGCCCCUGCCUAGCACCCGAUGCCAGCGAGGAAAGCCUCUCAGGCUGUGGCAUUUGGUGACAUUUGCGUGGCUCAUCUCACAGUCAAAGCGGGAAAGCACCGCACAGGUCCGUUCAGCCUGUUUGUUUCACUGAAAAGAAAACGGAGGCUCGGAGAAGGGGUGGGACUGCCCAUGGGGACAGGGACAGAGCCUGGAGGACGAACCCGGUCUCCUGGCUCCCCAGGCCACGUCUUCUGCACACACACACACACACACACACACACACACACACACACACUGCACAGCUGUGUUUCUCCCCUUUCUGUCACCUUGGCCUGCGUGGGAUGGAGGCAGAGACCCCUCAGCCUCCAGAGCUCUCCCGAAAGGGCAUCUGGCAGCUCUUUCUUCAUUCUCCCUCGCCGCCCUCCACCCUUGCUGACCUGCCACGAAAACCAUCUGGAGCAUUCGUCCUUUUAUGGUACUCUUCAGCCUCUCUGCCAUCUUCCCCUGUGGAGGUCGGAGUGGCAUCCCUGGGUGCAUCCUGUGGCCUUGGCCGUAGCAGCAGCAGCAGGUGGCCAUCAAGUUGAUCCGGAAAGACAAAAUCAAAGAUGAGCAAGAUCUGAUGCACAUUCGGCGAGAGAUUGAGAUCAUGUCGUCACUCAACCACCCCCACAUCAUUGCCAUCCACGAAGUGUUUGAGAACAGCAGCAAGAUCGUGAUCGUCAUGGAGUACGCCAGCCGGGGCGACCUGUAUGACUACAUCAGUGAGCGGCAGCGGCUCAGCGAGCGCGAGGCCCGUCACUUCUUCCGGCAGAUCGUCUCCGCUGUGCACUAUUGCCACCAGAAUGGGGUUGUCCACCGGGAUCUCAAGCUGGAGAACAUCCUCCUCGAUGCCAAUGGCAACAUCAAGAUUGCUGACUUUGGCCUCUCCAACCUCUACCACCAAGGCAAGUUCCUGCAGACAUUCUGCGGGAGCCCCCUCUACGCCUCGCCCGAGAUCGUCAACGGGAAGCCCUACACGGGCCCAGAGGUGGACAGCUGGUCCCUGGGUGUUCUCCUGUACAUCUUGGUGCAUGGCACCAUGCCCUUUGACGGGCAGGACCAUAAGACACUGGUGAAACAGAUCAGCAACGGGGCCUACCGGGAGCCACCUAAACCCUCAGACGCCUGUGGCCUGAUCCGGUGGCUGUUAAUGGUGAACCCCGCCCUCCGGGCCACCCUGGAGGAUGUAACCAACCACUGGUGGGUCAACUGGGGCUAUGCCACCCGUGUGGGGCAGCAGGAGGCUCUGCACGAGAGAGGGCACCCUGGCAGUGACUCUGGCCGGGCGUCCGUGGCCGACUGGCUCCGACGGUCCUCCCGCCCCCUCCUGGAGAACCGGGCCAAGGUGUGCAGCUUCUUCAAGCAGCACGCGCCGGGAGGGGGCAGCGUGGCCCCCAGCCUGGAGCGCCAGCAUUCGCUCAAGAAGUCCCGCAAAGAGAACGACAUGGCCCAGUCUCUCCAGGGGGACCCGGCUGACGACACCACCCCUCGCCCCAGCAAGGGCAACCUCAAACUCCCGAAGGGCAUUCUCAAGAAGAAGGUCGCUGCCUCCUCGGAGUGUCGGGGGGAGGACUCUGAGCUCAGCCCGUCCCCCACGGGCCCAGAGCAGGCUGCCCCCCUGCUCCCCAAGAAGGGCAUCCUCAAGAAGUCCCAGCAGCGGGAAUCCGGGUACUACUCCUCCCCUGAACCCAGCGAUUCCGGGGAGCUCUUGGAUGCGGGGGACGUGUUCACGAGCAGGGACUCCGUGGAGCAGAAGCCGCCCCAGACCCCGGGGAUGCUCCACCAUCGCAAGGGCAUCCUCAAACACAACGGCAAGUUCUCCCGCACCACCACCCCCGCCACCUUCGGCUCCCUGAAUGAACUGGCCUCACCUCGCCCUCCGUCCAGGGCCAGCCGCCCCUCGGGAGCUGUGAGUGAGGACAGCAUCCUGUCCUCCGAGUCCUUUGACCAGCUGGACCUGCCCGAGCGGCUCCCCGAGCCCCUGCUGCGGGGCUGUGUGUCUGUGGACAACCUCACCGGGCUGGAGGAGCCCCCCUCCGAGGGCCCAGGAAGCAGGGGCCUGAGGCGCUGGAGGCAAGACCCCCUGGGGGAAAGCUGCUUUUCCCUGAGGGACUGCCAGGAGGUGACGGAGGUCUACCGACAGGCCCUGGGCAUCUGCUCAAAGCUCAGCUGAGGGAGAGGGGGCAUUGCCCCAGCGGACAGGCUCUAAGAUGCACCUGGCAACACCCUGAGGGGAGACGCCUUCUCCCCGGCCUCCUAGGCCCAGCAUUCCAGCCCAGAAGGCUGAGAUGGUUGGCAGUUUAGUCGUGGGGCGGACCGGAUAUGAGGAAAAUGGGCACGUGAAAGGCAUUGAGGGCUCAGUGUCCUCAGCCCUGUGGAACCAAGAAGCUAUUGGAGGGGAAAUGGGUAGAGAAGUAGAGGGAAGGCCCGUGGCCAAGUCCAGGUUCUCUGUCGGGUGUCUGCAGCCCCAUGGAGGGAGCACUCUUUUCAGUACCCAUGCCCUUAAUUGCUGUGCGUGGUGCCUUCGCCAAGGUAGGGAUGGAAACUCUUCACAUCCCCGUCCCCACCUCCAUCCCCACCCGGCACUGAAACUGGAAUAUGGAAACUGCUCAUGUGCCUGGGACGUCCUGGGACAGUCUCCUGCAGGGUGCCCGUCCUUACUUCUCCAGCAGUAAGAGAGCAUACAACCUGUUUCCUCAAAGGCUCUCUCGCCUUUCCUGUCCUCCAAGCCUGGCCCAGGCCUCCUGGAGUCGCUGCUAUGAAUCUGAAAGACUUGAAAAGGCUCAGGCUGCUACUGGACUUCAUCUCAAGGGGCCCAGAUGCCUCAGGACCCCACCUUGAACCUCAAAGGCUCUGUGACCUUCUCCGGCUUCUAAGCUGCUCUAUUUAUGUUUUCAAGCUCUGUGUUUUAUGUUCUUAAAAAAGUGAAUUUUGCUGUUUUUCUAUACUGUGAAUACUGUGUUCUGGAAAGUCCACUAUACAUGUAACUUUUGUGUACAGAGAAGUGUUUUUGCAGUGAUUCCCUACUGAUCGUGGGGGAGGGGGCCCUUUAAGAAAUCCGCGUGUUCCGUUGCACUGUCCAGAGGAGGCCUCCUCUGGCUCCCUCAUCCACGCCCUGAUUCCGUCUACCUGAUGGUCCCUCUUCCCUUCUCUGUGGCCAGGAAAAGAACCACUCCAUUAAAAACCAGAACGGCGACUGGAAA